GUCGGUGUCGUCCAAAGGAUGGAAGUUCUGUGGCCGCCCGGACUGUCGAUGAAACGCCGCCGCCUCCCCCUCCGCAUAAAACCUCGGAGGCCAGUGAGGCGAGGCCCUGCACUCACCACUUCUUCUUUUCAGCUGCUCAUCCCCGUUGACCACAUCUGAAAUCACAAUGGCCGGCAUGGUUGUAAAGAACAUGUCCUUCAAAGUAGGGCAGACGCUGACAAUUGUCGGAAAGGCUCAGCCUGACGCUACUAACUUUGCACUCAACGUUGGUCCAAACGAGAAGGACAUCACCAUGCACAUCAACCCACGUUUCAACGCGCACGGCGACGCCAACGCGGUGGUUUGCAACUCUUACCAGGAUGGCAAAUGGUGCGAGGAGCACCGUGAGGGAGGUUUCCCAUUCCAACAGGGGGCGGAGUUCAAAAUCAACAUUUUGUUCACUCCCGCGGAAUUCCAAGUCUCUCUGUCGGAUGGCUCCGUAAUCCAUUUUCCCAACCGCAUGGGCGCCGAAAAAUACUCUUUCAUCAGCUUCACCGGAGAUGCUCGUGUCACCAGCUUCGAGAUUAAAUAAAGCACGACGGCUGUAGGAUAGUUCUUUUAAAUUGGUGCUUUGCAGCAGAGCUCACUGGACCCCAUUUAUUUGCUUACAUACACACCAUUUACUGACAAAAGUUUUAACCUUUCAGUUGUAGGACCUAUUCGAUAAAUUAACUUUUUUACAAAUGGAAAUAAUACGGUCAAAGAGAUGAAGACUCACAAUUUAGAAAUGUUGACUAAAUCUCUACAAUUGACUGUUAAAAUAACCUAACUUUUUUUUUCAUUAACUAAACUGAGUUUCUCGACUGUUUGCCUCCCAAACAUUCCAGACGUGAACCAAAUGCUUGCAUUUUAAUGCAUAUUAAAGCAGGAUAGAACGUG